AUGUCUGCCGAGGAACCACGGAAGAUACACGCGAAGCGAUCCUUCUUGGAGCCGCUGUGUGCGCCGGAGUCCCUGACGCCAUUAAAUGACAAGCAGAAGUCCGCGGCGAGUGCGGUCAAGCCGUGGGCACCGACAAGUGCCCUGGAAUGGCUACAGCUUGCCUCGCACCUUCUCAUCGCCAGCGGCGGCAACGGUGAGGCAGAGGAGCGCGUGCUGACGGUGUGUGAGGAGGCUGCGGCGAUGCUGUUAGAGGAGGACGCCAAGAGCCGCGCCAGCGCCAAGUCCAAGGCACCGACGGUGGCGGUGGCGGAGGCUGCUGUGUAUAGUGCCAAAGAGGGUGGCGAUACCAAUGAUGGAGCAGAAGACAACGCGGCCUCCGACGACGGUGACCAGAGCGCUUUCGCUGCUGCCGAGGAGGAGCCCCCAUCGACCGAACGUCUGCAGGCCGCGUACUUGCUCACGGCGGCUGCGGUAGCUGCAGCAGAGGCGCAUCGGCUUCCCGCGGCAGAGUCAGCCGUUCGCUUGGCUCGUGCCGCAGUCGAGGCGUACCGCUGCCCAAUGACUGCCUGCACCCUGGCGAUGGCCUGUGUGCGGUGGGGGAUGACCAUUCGCGACAUCAACAGCCGCGCCGCGGCCUUCCAGACUGCGUUUUCCGUCAUCACCGCAGCAAGCAGAGAUAUACUGGAGCGCGAGACGCUCCCCGAAGAGGAUACUGGGUACGUUCUGCGCAUGGCUUGGAUGCUCGUCAGCGUGGGCGCCUCAGACAAUGCCCACAAUCAGCUAAUGGUGGUACUCCAGCACAACCCAAAGAGCUACAUGGGGCUGCUUCUUCUGACCCUCCUGCACGCCGCGGAGGGCGACUACGAUGACGCCAACAAGGCCGUCAUGCAUCUGCUUAAUGGGUACCCGAACGACGUGGUGGCGGUUAUCGUCCACGCGGCGGUGCAACAUAAAUGCCGGCUGCCAGAGUCCACUGAUGGGCACGGCAGGGACGCGGCCGCGGAGGAGCUGGCGGUGGCCAUGGCGCGUAUCGCAAAGCUCGGCGACGAAGCCGCCAGCGCAGAGGCGGCCGCUCUGAAAAAGAAGUCACUGAAAGGGUUGUGCACGCACUGCGCCCCCGACGAGGACGUGGAAGGGGGCCCGAAGCACUCCUCCGGCGAGCUGAAGCGGCGCGUUGUGGGGCACUGGGCACUGCUGAGUCACGUCGCCACGCGACUCGGAUGCACAACGGUGGCGGAGGUCGCCAUAGAGGCGGGCACGGCCGCCGUUACACAGAGCAAGAUGCUGUAUCGGCGUUCUUUCGCCGACCUGCAGUGCAGCCAGGCGCGUCUCUCGCUGAUCCGCCUCAGGGAGGCCAUCGCGGCGCAGCAGGUGCACCACGGCGGCGGCCCGUCUGUGCCACUGGUACGUGAUAUCAACCUACUGGGCACCCUGGACUUCGACACCGCCGCCUCUUCUGAGCUGACGCGCAUGGUCGCCGGCCUGCCACUCACCUCCGGCGUUGCAGAUAGGGUGCGCGGCACAUUUUCGCUCUUCCCCGGCUCGGCGAUGCAGCGCUUGCUGCCGUCGAAGCUGUUUGAUGCCGUUGCGUCGACGCUGUUGGCGGCGGUGGAGGCAUGCCCGCACCACGGAGAGGGACACACGCUGCUUGGUGUGACGCGCCUCCUGGAGGCUUCGCAGCUCGACUUGCCGUCUGACACUCGCCACAAUCGGCUGCAGGAGGCUGAGCGGCACUUUAUGAACGCCAUGCAAGCCGAUGCGGCGAUGCCGGAGGCGUAUCUUGGCGCCGGCGUCGUGGCCGAGGCGCAGGGCGCCACAGGCGAGAGCUUUGACUUCUACACCUCUGCGGCGGAGGUGUCGGUGCAGGCCCCGCUGAUCCCUUGGCAGUACUUUGACUACCUUUAUCAGUAG